AGAGGGAAAGGGGGGGUCCUAAGCGCGCCAGUGCAAAAGACCGCGUCACCUCGGCAACCAGUCGCGCGCAGCAUCCGAGCCGCAUCUCCUCACCUCUCAUCAUCAGCAAGCAGCGCUAACUUGCCAGUCAGAGAUGGUAAAGUUGGGAAGCAAUCUCGUGGAGAAAGCAGAAAAGGAGCAAGCAGGGGAAGAUGGCUUUGAUAAUAUUCCACUGAUAACUCCCCUGGAUGUGAAUCAACUACAGCAGCCAUUUCCUGACAAGGUAAUUGUAAAGACCACAACAGAAUAUCAGCUCCAGCAAAAGAAAAGAAAGCUGCAUGUUCCUGGGAUUAAAAAACUGAACAUAAACCUAUAUGAUGAACUUUCAGAGAAAGUCAAGCUUACUGGACUGAUCCUCAUUAUUAUGAUAUUCUUGGCCUGCCUUCUGAUGCUGGUCAUGUACAAGGCUCUGUGGUAUGACCAGCUUAGCUGCCCAGAGGGUUUUGUGUUUAAGCACAAGCACUGCACUCCUGCUGCCUUGGAGAUGUAUUACUCUGAACAGGAGACAGGCCCACGUGGAAGCCUGUAUACAGCCAUCAGUCACUUGAACCAGGCAAAGAAAACUCUGCCAGAGCUGCCAUCACCAUGGCUUCCUGUAAUCAAUGCUUUGAAAGAGGCAGAAAAAGCAAAAGAAGAAUCAAGCCGAGUCCAGUAAAAAGGAACAAUGGAUGCUACUGUAUUAUAUCCAACAAAUGUAUUGUACUUUUAAUUAACAUUUAAAGGAAAAUAAAAUUAAACUGUUGAAGGAA